GCGCGAGCUCAGGCCCUCCUCGCGGAACACGCGCCUUUCGCGCCUUCGACACACGCUCGCUGGCGACCGACACCCGCCUGCGAGACCCGCUACUGCUCGACAACCCGCACUGACUACACGAGUGGUGGCAACGUCGAUGUAGGUCGCAGGAGCACCGCAGCCUCCCCUCGCCGCCACGAUGGAGAGCGCCAUGAAGCGCGUACGCGAGGUGGAUUGGACAGGCAUGAGGCGCGACGGCCACAACAUCUUCACCAAGCUCAUCCGCACCCGCGACCCGCGCGACUCCGAGACAACACAGGACAUCGCAGUGCCCGGCAAACAGAAGCUUUCGCGAUGCCUUACGACGAUGGACCUGGUGUCGCUGGGCGUGGGCUCGUGCGUGGGCACGGGCAUGUUCCUGGUGUCCGGGCUGGUGGCGCGCAAGUUCGCGGGGCCCGGCGUCGUGUUCAGCUUCAUCAUCGCCGCGCUGGCCAGCAUCUUCUCCGGCGCGUGCUACGCGGAGUUCGGCGUGCGCGUGCCCAACACCACGGGCUCCGCGUACACCUACUCCUACGUCACCGUCGGCGAGUUCAUCGCCUUCGUCAUCGGCUGGAACAUGGUGCUGGAGUACCUGAUCGGAACGAGCGCGUGCGCGCGCGCUCUAAGUGCCUGCUUUGACUCGCUGUGCGACGGCGCCAUCACCAGACACCUGGCAGGGAUAUUCGGGACAGUUUUUGGAAAACCGCCAGAUUUCAUCGCGUUCGGCAUAUCGGUGUUGAUGACGGUAGUGCUGGUGGCGGGAGUGAAGAAGUCCCUGUUCUUCAACAACCUGCUGAACGCCGUCAACCUCUGCGUGUGGGUGUUCAUGAUGACGGCCGGCCUCUUCUACGUCGACACCACCAACUGGACGCAGCACGACGGCUUUCUGCCUUACGGCUGGAGUGGGGUGUUCAGCGGCGCGGCCACCUGUUUCUACGCGUUCAUCGGCUUCGACAUCAUCGCGACCACGGGCGAGGAGGCCAACAACCCCAAGCGGUCCAUCCCGCUCGCCAUCGUGCUCAGCCUCGGCAUCAUCCUGGUGGCCUACGUCAGCAGCUCCAUGAUGCUCACCUUGAUAGUGCCGUACGACGAGGUGGACACCGACAGCGCGCUCGUGCAGAUGUUCGCGCACGUCCGCGCGCCCACGUGCAAGUACGUCGUGGCCGUGGGCGCGCUGGCCGGCCUCACCGUCUCUAUGUUCGGCUCCAUGUUCCCCAUGCCCCGCGUCGUCUACGCCAUGGCCCACGACGGACUCAUCUUCAAGAAGCUGGCCAACAUCUCGGAGGCGACGGGCACGCCGGCGCUGGCGACGGUGUGCGGCGGCGCGGCGGCCGCGGUGGUCGCGCUGCUCACGCAGCUCGAGGUCCUAGUGGAGAUGAUGAGCAUCGGCACGCUCCUGGCCUACACGCUGGUGUCGAGCUGCGUGCUAGUGCUGCGCUACCAGCCGCACUACACCAACCUCAUCGAGCUGCUGCCGCAGAGCCUGCGCACGCCGGUCGACCCCGAGGGCACCGCGGCCACACAAAGGGAGACCACCUUCGCUGGUCGCGGCACCACUCAAGUCACCGCCUCGACCCAGCGAGUCAUGGUGCGCCGCGUGACCCGCAGCUCCCCGGAUUCGGAUGACACGAUGCCAGGUGACGACAGUGAGGAGUUUGGCAGAGAUGACACCUUCCUCAUGAAUUCGCAUACGGAGAAUAAGUUUUAUGGGGCCGUGCCGGGCGGCGCGGCCAGCAGCCCGGGCCGCUUGCGGCGCUUCCUGGACGCCGUGUCGCGGCAGCUGCUGGCGCGCUCCUACCUCUGCCCCGGCGUCUUCCCCUGGGUGGACGCCGGGCCCGCCACGGACCAUACUGGCAUGUUCGUGAUCAAGGCGGUGGGCGUGAUGUACCUGCUGAUCCUGGUGUUCGACAUGCUGGCGGCCUACGGCAGCCCGAGCACGUCCACCUUCACGGUGCUGCUCAUGCUCGCCCUUAUUCUAGCCAUCUUCGUCAUCCUUCUACUUAUUUCUAGGAAACCGCAAAAUCGCGCACAGCUGGUGUACUCGACGCCGGGGCUGCCGUUCGUGCCGGCCACCGCCAUCAUCGUCAACAUCUAUCUCAUCCUCAACCUGUCCAUUCUGACCCUCGUCCGCUUCACCGUGUGGAUGAUCAUAGGACUGGUGGUGUACUUUAAGUACGGCAUCAAGAACUCGUUGUUAGAGACGAAGGCGGAGGAGCCGGCGGUGUCGCCGCCGACGCCGAGCCCGCUCGACCGCACCACGCUGCCGCCGCCCGCGCCGCACCAGCCGCGCCCGCUCGGCGACCGCAACAUAUUCGAGGGCGACGGCAACAGCGGACUCUACGGCAACCUCGAUUUUCCGGACCCGCUGCUGGCGUGGCACACCGCCGACCUGGAGCCGGCGCCACCCGCGGGCUCCAUCCGCCCCGCCGGCUCUUACAAACAAGUUGAAUCUCGGUACAACGCGAAGACAAACAGUACCUCUUCGCACACAUCCACGCGGGUGCCCUGGGCUUACAGCGAGCCCGACUUCGACGCCUGGGACAACUAGAUAUGAUAAUCACAAUCAGCCUCAAACCAGGCACCAGUUUCUAUACAUAUUAUAUUAUAACCCUUAUUU